AUGACUGAAAGCAGUCGUGCUGAUACUGGUAUUCUCACUAGACACAAUCGUGUUCAUACUGAGGAGAAGCCAUAUUCUUGUAGUAUAUGUUAUAAACUUUUUUCACAAGAAAGUAAUCUGACAAAUCACAGUCGUUUUUAUACUGGUGAGAAGCCUUAUUCUUGCAGUAUAUGUAUGUAUGUAAAUAAGAGUUUUUCUGGAAAAAGUCAUCUCACUACACAUGUUCGUGUCCAUACUGGUGAGAAGCCUUAUACUUGUGGUAUAUGUAAUAAAAAAUUUUCACGAAAAAGUCAUCUCACUACACACGGUCGUGUUCUUACUGGAGAAAAGCCUUAUUCUUGUAGUAUAUGUAAUAAGAGUUUUUCAGCGAGAGGGACUCUGAAUGAACACUGUUAUAUUCAUACUGGGGAGAAACCUUAUUCUUGUAGUAGUCUGAAGAAACACAGCCGUGUCCAUACUGGUGAGAAACCUUACUCAUGUAUUAUAUGUAAUAAAGCUUUUUCAAGAAAGAAUUAUCUAAAUAGUCACAGUCAUACGUCGGAGAUGUUAGCAUAUAAAUAUACAGCCAUCAGUCUGUUACUGAUGUUUGCUUUAGUAGAUGGUCAUCAUUCGGAUUUCAUGAUGAAAGCACUGCUUCACGGAGCUAGUAUGGGGAUGAUGAUGAGAGGCCCACCUAGAAUGAUCCCUAUACCCAUACCUUUUUCUAUGGACAUGGUGAGAGACCUAUUCUCAGGUUAUAUGCAGCUUCCAAAUUGGAUCUGUGAUGAAUAUAUUGCGAUUGACUUCACUUUCACCAACGGAGGUGCGGGAGUGGUACUGCUCCUACCUAAUGAUCAAAAACGAGAGUUCGCAACUGGUGCUGGAAAAAUAGCAUCUAGUUUUACUGCAGAAUUGAUAGCCAUUUCUACGGCUAUCGAAACGUACAUCAAUCUUGAACCUUCGGAGCAGCUUAGUGGUAUCACCAUCUUCAGAGAUUGCAGGUCUGCCUUACAGGCCCUCAGCAAAG